AUGUCUCCUCCACGAUCCACUACGCGAAAGAUAUUCCACUACAUAUAUAAUACCGUCUACGUUGUCUUAUGCUUCGUUCUCGCCGCCCUGAUCCUCGUCACCCCUGGAGACGCUAUUCGACAAACCUACUACAAGACACUACAGUACACUAAUAUUGUCAUCAUCGCCAUUGCCUAUCUGGUGACCGUCCUCAUCGUCCUCUUCAUAUAUUCGCUUCGACUCUAUGUUACGCGCACGGUGUUGGCCAGUAUCCCGAAGAGCUGGGCACCGCUCAACAAGGGCGAGAUCAAGAAAAAUGUCAGGGAGAUGAUUCACAAGGACCUUGGCAGGAGUGCCGCGAUUGCCUGGCAGGCAAGGCCCAAAGUCAGCUCGGCUUCGUUUAUGGACUACGCCGACGACCUCAGCGCUGUUGCGGAAGAAGACGAAGAAUACUCGGACCGUAAUGAGGAUGGAUCUGCGCACGCGAAAGAGUCGAGGGCGACCCCGGAUCGCCGACUAAAGAGGAGCGAUACAAUCGAGGAAGAGAUGGGUAUUGCGCUACCACCGACCAAGCCCGUCUGGGGGCAUAUCGAUCACCCUGGCUGGGGAAGUCCAGAGUCCCCUGAUCUCGCCAAUAUUCAGUACAGUGCGGUCCUGGCCGAGUUGCCCAAUCUGAUAGAGGGUAAAGCCAUGUCGCUUGCGCCAACCUUGCCAGGUUCAUCCGAAGAAAUGCCUCUACUUGACCCCGAGGCGGUCGAAGCUUUGCAGAGGCAAGCGAAUAUGACUAUGCGCACAUACAUUGGGCAUCUAGUCGACCUUGGGGUUCUCGAGGCAUCAAAAGAUACUGCCGAGUUCUUAGACGUGUAUGAGCGCGCUCGGUUCUCGACCAAGCAAAUCCCCGGCGACAUGUUUAGGCGCCUUAUGCAUCUGUUUGCAGAACUCCUGCGUUCUGCGAAAUCGUUGGAUCGCGGGGUACUCGAAACCAUGCGAAGUAUGAAUGAAAUGUACACGGAAAGCAAUGCCGGGUCUAGCUUGGAUGAACAGAGUUUCUACUUUGCCCAAAGUCGUCAUCGCGCAGAUAUUGAUGAUGACGCACCUCAAGACACGAGCCCCACGACACCAGCACGAAGCCUGCGUAGUCUUGACAGCGACUCCAGCCCGAGAACGCGGAACAAUACUCGGCCUAGCUUGGUGGGCAGGACUUCUUCUGGGGCAAAAAGCAAGCCCGGUCGUUCAAGAACUGUCAGCAGCAAAAGACAGCUUAUGAGAACCACUUCUAAUAUUAGCAGCGUUAGAAGUGGAAGCAGUGGGAAUAGUUUCGCUCAGACGCGGAGGCCAUAUCUUGCUGGUAGUCUGAGCAGCAGAAGUCGCGGCGACAGCCUGAGAUCAGGCAGCCGCGGAAGCGAUGGCGGAAGUGUCAUUCGACUGGCAACACGUGAUGAUGGGGUUGAUUUGCCUUAUGUUCUCAGGGUCACGACUACGCUAUGA